CGCUAGUUGUAUGUAUGAGAUGAAGUGCACGGAUACAUUCAAAGAGAAAAAAAAUGAAAAAGAAAUCAUAAAAGAAUAACAUGGAGAAAAUAAUUAACAAGUUUCAAUUACUUAAUUUUUUUUUCGUGCAUAAUCUUUCUUAAUGCAUGCAACAAAACAGAGUCUGGGAGCCAGCUUUGACUUUUGACUAGUAGCAUAUUAUCUCUUCCGACCGAAUCCAACAUCUAAAGGAGAGAGUAGUAUAAUUCUUUUCUAUGUUCAAUUCAAAGUUCUUGGAGGAAGCCAACUUGCUUGUGAAGUCAAACUUCACAUGUAGUAGUGGCCUAGUGGGUUUGUUAAUGGUGCAUUUCUUGCUUCCUUUCAGUUAAAGCAUCAUAAUUCUCUCUUUUAAUAACUCAUGAAGAGUUGACAAGACAAAGAGGUAACAAAAUUUUCUCAGUAACACAAGCCAUGAAGGUACCUCAUUUGGAGCUCUGGUCAAUAUGGCUAUCUGGGUUUUUCUUGAUUGUUCUCUCGCUCUUUGCCACUCAGAAAUUACCUUCUUUCAAGAAUCAUAGCAGAACUUCCAACGUCAAUAAGAAUGCUAUCUUGGACUCCAGAAGUCUCAGCAUUACCAUAUUCACAGCUCCGAAACCUUUUACGGGCUCUACGGGGACCAAACAGACUCUUGCUGUUCGGUCAUGGCUGGCUCUAUCUCCAUAUGUUACAGUUGUUUUGUUCAGCCAACACCCAUCAGUUGCCUCUUUCGCAAGUGCUUUCGAUUCCCGGGUUUCGGUUGAUACCGAUAUCGAUUUCACCUUCCUUGGUAGUCCUUUUUUCCAUUCCAUGGUUGCAAAAUCUCACACGUUCACAUCAGAGAUAUCUGUUAUCAUUGAUCCUGAAACAGUGAUCCUUUCUGGAUUUAUCUCCACUCUAAGUCAUGUGUAUGAGCUUGAUCGCGAUUGGCUGCUUGUUGCUUCAGCUCAAAAUGUUUCUCACUUCCCAUUCCAUUUGGAUGAGUUUGGAAAACAUUGGCAGACAAAUACCGGAAAAAAACGGGUGAAGAUCCAUAAGCUGCAGAAAAUGCUACAAGAGAAUUGGAAUUGGAGUGGGAGUCAUUGUUAUACUUAUACAAGGACACUCAUGGCUUGGAACAGCAAGAAUAUACCUCUACAUAAUGGAGUUCUUCCACCAUUCAUCUAUGGUAAAGGGAUACACAACAGUUGGGUAAUUCAUGAGGCCAUUUCAUCUGAGUUCAGAUUUGUGUUUGAUGCUAGUUUGACCAUCACAAGUUUCCAUUUGAAUUCCAAGGUUGAUUCUGAUCCUGCAUUUGGAAAUCGAAAUUCUGCAACUUCAGAUAUUGAAAAUAGAAAUUGGGAAUACAUUGGUAAUUCCUUAAUAGGGGCACACUAUGGUUCAUUCUUAUACAGGGAAGCUAAUUACUCUAGCCAGUUCAAACUUUUGAGUUGUAAUCACCAAUACAUUAUGGUUGACACAAAGAAAAACACUGUUUAUCCAAUUGGAUACCGAGGUACAAUGAAACUGAAGGAAAAGAUUUUUUCUCCAUGGUUAAAGGAAAAUGUAAUGCAUUGCAUUGCUUAUAUGAAAUCAUUAACCAGAAUGUUAGACUGCUUUCUCAAGGAUGAGAUGAAAGUUCCAGCAUCUCUGGAGCUUCCAUUCUCCUUAGAAUCAAUCCUUUCAAUUACUGCAGACAGAAAUAAAACAGUUGUACUUACAGUUGCUGGAUAUAGCUACAAGGAUAUGCUCAUGAGUUGGGUUUGCAGAUUACGAAAACUCUCAAUUGGAAAUUUUAUUGUUUCUGCCCUUGAUCAGGAAACUUAUGAUUUCUCCAUCUUGCAGGGAAUUCCAGUUUUCAAAGAUCCAACAGCUCCAAGUGAUAUAAGUUUUGAUGACUGCCACUUUGGAACAAAGUGCUUCCAAAGGGUGACAAAAGUAAAGUCAAGAAUUGUUUUGAAGAUACUCAAGCUAGGUUACAACGUACUUCUGAGUGAUGUAGAUAUAUAUUGGUUCAAAAAUCCUAUUUCCUUGCUUCACUCUUUUGGCCCUGCAGUUCUUGCUGCACAGUCAGAUGAAUACAAAAAACAAGGACCAAUAAACCUACCUAGACGCUUGAACUCUGGCUUCUAUUAUGCUCAUUCUGAUAAUCCAACAAUUGCUGCUAUAGAGAAAGUGGUGAGACAUGCAGAAACUUCAGGAUUAUCUGAACAACCAAGCUUCUACGACACACUAUGUGGUGAAGGAGGAUCCAACCGCGUUGGCGAUAAUAGAUGUGUGGAACCUGAAACAAACAUGACAGUACAUUUCUUAGAUAGAGACCUUUUUCCAAAUGGUGCUUACCAAGACCUGUGGCAAGAAAAGAAUGUGAAAGAAGCAUGUUUGAAGAAGGGAUGUUACAUUAUCCAUAACAACUGGAUCAGUGGGAGGCUGAAGAAACUUGAACGCCAAGUCUUGUCUGGUUUGUGGGAGUAUGAUCCUAGCACAAGGAUGUGUUUGCGGAGCUGGCACAGUAUCAAGCCAUGGAGAUAA